AUGUACUCCCAAAUCUACACGACGACCAAGAUCUGGAUCCAGCUUAUAAUGAUAUGGGUGGUCUCCUUCGGGCUCAUGGUGCCACCCCUUCUAGGAAUCUGGGGUCAGCUGGGCCUAGACCCCAACACAUUCUCCUGCACAAUCCUCCCAAAAGACGGCAAAUCUCCAAAGAAGUACCUCUUCGUGCUAGCGUUCGCUCUCCCGUGCGUCGUGAUCAUAAUCUCUUACUCUUGCAUAUAUUGGAAAGUUAGACAGAGUAAGAGGAAGCUGGAGGGUCGCAGCAAACUAAGUGGUCAAACAGCCAAAGAAAAAGAAGAAGACUCACGCCUGACAACAUUGAUGCUUACCAUCUUCCUCUGUUUCCUCGCGUGUUUCCUGCCCCUCAUGAUCAUGAAUGUAGCUGACGACGGCAUCACUUACCCUUGGCUGCACAUCAUCGCCUCGAUCCUGGCCUGGGCCUCCAGCGUCAUCAACCCGUUAAUAUAUGCUGCAACCAAUAGACAAUACCGAGCAGCUUACGCAAAUUUACUAAAAUUUUGUAAAAACAGCGCCGUAACUAAACGUACGACUUGGGGAAGCAGAACUAUGGGUCAUUCUUCAAAUUCGCCACAUUAUGUGGAGAAAAGAAAUCACAUGAAAGAUAAACCCACUAACUUAUGA